AUGCGUUUGUUCAGACUCCUACCUGUGACCGUCUUGGUGGCUUGCUGUUUGGCAACCCCGCCUGUUGUCGUUCGACGUGAUACACCGCUGAGGUAUCGCGUCGCUCCAGACGGUAAAACUAAGAUCGCACUACCCACAAAGGAGCAGCUUGAUUUCCAGGACAACGAGAUCGGAGCCCUUAUACACUUCGAAAUGGCUACGUAUACGGGGAGUGAACCCUGCCCUUCGCCUCUCCCUGAGCCGUCGGUCUUCAAUCCUAGUUCGAUUGAUACGGAUCAGUGGAUGGUCUCAAUCGCUGCUCUAGGCGCAAAGUUUGCCACGUUGACCGCUAAACACAAUUGCGGGUUCACGUUGUGGCCUAGCAAGGUCAAAUUUCAGACUUCUAACAAACAGAUUAUUUCCUACAACUACACCGUCGAGCAGUCUCCUGUCCAUGGCAUGGAUAUUGUGAAGAGUUUUGUGGACUCCGCACGGGCGCGCAACAUUGGACCUGGCCUUUACUACAGUGUGCCAAACAAUAAGUUUCUGAAUAUACACGACCAUAAGUUCGGCCCUACACCUGUGGGGCCGGGACAAGUCAGCGUUGACAGACAGGCGUACGAUCAGCUUGCUAUUGAUCAGAUGACGGAGCUGUGGACUAAAUACGGGAAGUUUACGGAGAUCUGGUUCGAUGGGAGUUAUCUCGACAGUCAGAUUGGGGGGAUUAAGAGCCUCCUAGAAGCCCAUCAGUCUCAAGCGGUUGGUUUCAAUGGAUGCACAGCACAAGGCCGUUGCGUUAUUGCAAACCCUGCUCGAUGGAUAGGAAAUGAGGACGGAAACGCGCCGGAAGAGAAUUGGUCGAGUGGCCUGGAACGCAAUGGAGACAGCUCUAGCCCCCACUUCUGUCCGGCAGUGUGUGAUACCACCCUGCAAGCUGGCAGGCGCUGGUUCUUUGGUAAGGGGCAGUCAUUGCGAUCGUUUCGAGACAUGGUCGACGUCUACCACAAUUCAGUGGGACGAAAUUGUGUUCUGGAAUUGGACGUCACCCCCGAUCAGCGUGGCCUCAUUCCCGAUGACCACGCCGCACUUUACAAGCGCUUGGGCGAUUUCAUCAACUCAUGCUAUGGCAACCCCAUCGAUACGGGGGCGAAACACACAGUGCACAACAACGGCACCUAUUCUAUAUCGUUCGAAUCUCCGACAUCCAUAGACCGCAUUGUAUUGAUGGAGGAUCAGAGGGAUGGUCAAGUGAUACGUUCCUACCAAGUCCAAGCGAAGGUUGUGAGCGCAGGGGAUUCUGGCGACCUGUCUACUGUCCCCUGGAGCUUGGUGUCGAAUGGCACCAGUAUUGGCCAUAAGAAGAUCGACAUCUUCGAAAAGGGUGUUAUCAACGUGACUGGGGUCAUGAUUAGCCCUACAUUCGUCGAUACUCCGAAAUGGCGGUCGGUUUCAGUCCAUCUGUGCCUUCAAUCGAGUAGCGCAUAUUCGGAGAUUCAAGCCGAGGCGUACACUUCCAAAAACGGGACAAAUGUUGAGCAGACCUCGGAUACUGGCGGCGGCGAUAACGUCGGAUGGAUUCACAAUGGUAACUGGCUUGGUUUUCGCCAGGUUGACUUUGGCGGCAACGGUGCUACCAGGUUUACUGUGAGGGUCGCUUCCGGUGCGAGCAGUGGUAUCAAGGGCGUGAUCCAUGUUGCGCUGGACAGUCCAACUUCCACACCGAUUUGCAGCCUCGCCGUCUCGAACACCGGUGGUUGGCAAAGCUGGAAGAGCAUCUCAGCCGGCCUCAACACCGUGACUGGAGUACACGCUGUCUACUUGACAUUUACGAGCGACCAGGCGGCCGACUUCGUUAAUGUCAACUGGUUCAAAUUUUCUCAGUGA